CUGCCCAUAGACAAACUCUGGAAACCCAUGUGGUAGAAAUACAAUACAAUACAAUGGACAGCAUCAAACUCAUGAUGCUCCCUUCUCCUUCCCAGAUUAGCUGCGUAGUUGAUCACAUUCUUCUUCAUUCACACCAUUUUUGUCUCGCCCUCUUUCUCAUCUCUGUGCUGUAAUUCUUCUCCCACCAUUCCCACCUUCCUCUUCCCAAUCUCUUUGUUUCUCUCUCUCUCUCUCUCUCUCUCUCUCUCUCUCUCUCUCUCUCUCUCUCUCUCUCUCUGUAUGCAUAUGCCUGUGGUUAUUUGGCGCACAACAGUACAAAGUAAAAUAGGGGAGAGAGGUGGACGACACAUGCUUUGAGGGUUUGAGCUUCCACUCUGUCAAAACAUUGCCUCAAUUCUCUCCAACCCUUUCUUAGCUCUGUCCUCCCUCUCUCUCCCUUCCUUUCUUUGCAAUCUACGCUCCCUCUUCAUCUCUUCUGCUCAAUUCCGACGUUUUUCAAUCAAUCAUAUUCAAUGUGUCCUGAUUUCUUCUAAAAGCUUGAAGAUUUCAGGGUUUACCGGCGCACCCAGAUGCCAACAACUAUCAGCUUUUACGGAGCCACGAUUUUCAUUCCUAUAAUCAAUCCAUAAGCCGGAUUAAUUUGUUCUUUCUUCUUUUUCCCCAUCCCAUUGCCCACGAACUUGCCUUUUUUUGGUUCACGUAAGAGUUUACAAUCAAUUCUGACGCAAUCGUAGCUUCCUUCUUUGGAGGACUAGGGUUUUGAAGUAAUUGAACAGAGUUCCCGUCGGUUUAUAUCCCCCAUUCAGCGCCUUAAGGAGUCCGGGAUUUGGGUUUAAAGAGUAUGGUUUGGUGCAUUCCUGUGUUUCGUUUGUGUGUUCGGAAUUUCCUUGAGGUUCGGGGUACCGGUAUCUGGGUUUCUGGAUUUGGCUGGAACAUGAAUCGGAGGGUGCGGAGGAAGGUGACAAGAAAGGGGAAGGAGAAGCUGAUUUUGCCAAGCUACCCUGAAAUUGAAAGUGAGAUUGCUGAUUUGGACAAUAAACAGACUGUAGAUUGGACUAGUUUGCCUGAUGAUACAGUCCUUCAACUUUUCUCUUGUCUGAAUUAUCGUGACCGGGCAAACUUGUCAUCAACAUGUAGAACAUGGAGAGUUCUUGGUUUAUCUUCAUGCUUGUGGACUUCAUUUGAUCUUCGAGCACACAAAAUUGAUGCUGCAAUGGCUGCUUCCCUUGCUUCCAGAUGCAAGAAUCUUCACAAGCUCAGGUUUCGUGGGGCAGAGUCUGCUGAUGCAAUAAUUCUUCUUCUUGCAAAGAAUUUGCGUGAAAUAAGUGGUGAUUACUGUAGAAAAAUUACUGAUGCUACACUUUCUGCUAUUGCAGCUCGGCACGAGGCACUUGAAAGCCUCCAGCUUGGGCCAGAUUUCUGUGAAAGGAUCAGUAGCGAUGCUAUAAAAGCAAUAGCUAUUUGUUGUCCUAAGUUGAAAAGGCUUAGGCUUUCUGGAAUUAGGGAUGUCAAUGCAGAGGCUCUCAAUGCUCUAUCAAAGCAUUGCCCUAAUUUGCUUGAUAUUGGUUUCAUUGAUUGUCUGAAUGUAGAUGAGAUGGCCCUUGGAAACAUAGCAUCUGUUCGUUUUCUCUCAGUUGCUGGGACCUCAAAUAUGAAGUGGGGUGCCGUUUCACAUCAGUGGCAUAAGCUGCCUAGCUUGGUUUGUUUAGAUGUCUCACGAACUGACAUCAGUCCUGUUACUGUAUCAAGAUUAAUGUCAUCAUCUCAGAGCUUACGAAUCUUGUGUGCCUUCAGUUGUUCAGUUCUGGAAGAAGAUGCUGGCGUCACUGCCAGCAAAUAUAAAGGAAAAUUGUUGCUUGCCCUUUUCACAGAUGUUGUGAAGGAAAUUGCUUCUUUAUUUGUCGAUACUACCACAGAAGGGGAAAACAUGUUGUUAGGUUGGAGGAUGUUGAAGAAUAAAAAUAAGAGUUUGGAUGAGAUAAUGACGUGGCUCGAGUGGAUAUUAUCUCAUAAUCUUCUGCGUAUUGCUGAGAGCAAUCAGCAUGGUCUGGAUAAUUUUUGGCUCGAUCAAGGUGCAGCAUUGUUACUUAGUUUGAUGCAGAGUUCACAAGAGGAUGUUCAAGAAAGGGCAGCAACAGGUCUUGCAACCUUUGUCGUCAUUGAUGAUGAAAAUGCUAGUAUCGACUCUGGAAGGGCAGAAGAAGUUAUGCGGCGUGGUGGAAUAUGUCUCCUUCUAAACUUGGCAAAGUCUUGGAGGGAAGGGCUUCAGUCUGAGGCGGCAAAGGCCAUAGCGAACUUGUCCGUGAAUGCUAAUGUUGCAAAGGCAGUAGCCGAAGAAGGUGGAAUUGAUAUUCUUGCAGGUCUUGCACGAUCCAUGAAUAGACUAGUUGCAGAAGAGGCUGCUGGAGGAUUGUGGAAUCUUUCUGUUGGCGAGGAACACAAGGGUGCGAUUGCUGAGGCUGGUGGAGUAAGAGCUUUAGUUGAUUUGAUAUUUAAAUGGUCUUCUGGUGGUGAUGGAGUUCUUGAACGUGCAGCUGGUGCACUAGCAAAUUUGGCAGCUGAUGAUAGGUGUAGUACUGAAGUUGCAUUAGCAGGUGGUGUGCAUGCUUUGGUGAUGCUUGCUCGAAACUGCAAGUUUGAAGGAGUGCAAGAACAGGCUGCUCGGGCAUUGGCUAAUUUAGCUGCCCAUGGAGAUAGCAACACAAACAACUCUGCUGUUGGGCAAGAGGCAGGUGCACUUGAAGCACUUGUUCAACUUACACAUUCUCCUCAUGAAGGUGUCAGGCAAGAGGCUGCUGGUGCCCUAUGGAAUUUAUCAUUUGAUGACAGAAAUCGAGAAGCAAUUGCAGCUGCAGGUGGUGUUGAGGCAUUGGUUGCUCUAGCACAAUCUUGUUCAAAUGCAUCCCCGGGUCUCCAGGAAAGGGCUGCUGGUGCUCUGUGGGGAUUGUCAGUUUCUGAAGCUAACAGCAUUGCUAUUGGUCAGCAAGGGGGCGUUGCACCUCUAAUUGCCUUGGCACGUUCAGAUGCCGAAGAUGUUCACGAGACUGCUGCUGGAGCUCUUUGGAAUCUUGCCUUUAACCCUGGUAAUGCCCUUCGUAUAGUGGAGGAAGGGGGUGUUCCAGCCCUAGUUCAUCUUUGUUAUGCAUCAGUAUCUAAAAUGGCACGCUUCAUGGCUGCUUUGGCAUUGGCUUACAUGUUUGAUGGGAGAAUGGAUGAAUGUGCCUUGCUAGGAAGCUCAUCCGAAGGCAUUUCCAAGAGUGUGAGCUUAGAUGGGGCUAGAAGGAUGGCAUUGAAAAACAUUGAAGCAUUUGUCCAGACAUUUUCAGAUCCACAAGCAUUUGCCUCUGCUGCUGCAUCCUCAGCGCCUGCAGCAUUGGUACAAGUAACAGAACGAGCUCGCAUUCAAGAAGCAGGCCAUCUGCGAUGCAGUGGAGCUGAAAUUGGAAGAUUUGUUGCAAUGCUUCGAAAUCCAUCGCCUACGCUAAAAGCAUGUGCAGCAUUUGCUCUUCUACAGUUUACUAUCCCAGGUGGUCGGCACGCCUUACACCAUGCAAGCCUCAUGCAGAAUGCAGGAGCAUCAAGAGCCCUGCGUGCUGCAGCAGCAGCAGCAACUGCCCCAUUACAAGCCAAAAUCUUCUCUAGAAUUGUUCUUAGAAAUCUAGAGCACCACAACAUUGAAUCUUCCCUUUAAGACAAAUUCAAUAUAAAUCUGCAACAGAUGGUGAGUUCGUGCUCGACUCAACUAUAGAGCUUAAAUGGAGCUGCAUGGCAUGCCCGAACCAGACGUUCUUGUAAAUGCCCUCAUUAAUCAUAUACCGAGUUUCUGAUGCCAAGUAGUACACAAACAAUAUGGUUGAACUUCUCAGCUUCAUCGUUACUUCCUGGUCUAAUACCUUUAUCAGAGGCAUCAAAAGGUCGUUUUCGAAGCGUUUUUUUUUUCCUGUACUCAGUCUGCAUUCUAUGAGAAUUCAUAUAUACUGAGUCGAUAAGAAGCACAUAACCUUCAAACCCUUUUUUCUCCCUUCUUUCGGGUUAGCCAUUUUGUUUUGGUUGUUAAUAUUGAUCCUGAUGGCAUUUUCCCUGUAAUGAUAGAAGUUCUAAAUAUGCUAAAGAUUGUACAAUGUUUAGCUCUCAUUUUUGCAGUUGGAGUGGUUGAAGAUGAAUUAAGGAUGCUUAGCUAUCAAACUUCAUUUAAUUUAA